GUCAAAAUUAUUAAAUCAAGUGCAUCGAAAAAGGACGAAGUAGUAAUACAAUCAAAAUAAGAUAAGAAAACUCUUAAAUUUUAAUGUUCUUUCAUAUUAUCGAUAUUAAUAAAGUUUUAUUGUAAAUAUUAGCGAUCGUAGUUGUAGUAAAGAACGGAACAAAAUAUGGCACUAACGGCAGACAAACUCAUCAACGAUGAAAGAUUUUGUGGGGACAAUCCCAUUCAAUUUCUGUUAUAUCUGCCAUUUGGAUUGAUAUUAAUGGCAUUAAGAAUAGUAUUAGCUUGUAUAUUAUGGAUUGCUUCAUUUAUUUUGCCAGACAAAUUUGCUGCUAGGCAAUUGAUAUCAACACUGGCAUGUUUGACUUUUGGAGUUUACAUAAAGGAAAAAGGUAACAAAGAUCCAAAGUGCAGUGUGUUUGUAGCUAACUAUGUGUCCUGUUUGGAUUCUCUAGCGGCUAGCCGAGCUCUUGGAAGUAUAACUUUAAGAAAAUGGAAAGUGCCACCAUUUUUUGCCUCAACUCUUGGUAUAAAGAACAUUGCCUUAUUUGUUAGGAAGCAACAUUUUGCUGAGAGUCCUGAUAAACCAUUGCUAUUGCAGCCGGAAGGUGGACCUACGAAUGGCAAAGGACUGCUCAAGUUUACAGAUUGUUCAUUCCCAUUGCCCAAUAUGGUUCAACCUAUUGCUAUCAGUGUAGAGCGUCCAUUCACAACAGUAACAGUCCACCGUCACUCAGAAGCAGGUCGUCGUUUCCCCUGGCGGGAUCUACUCUGGUUCCUUUGUUCCCCUUACUCUGUGUUCUCUGUGAGAGCCUUACCUCCCCUGGAGAGGAAUGGAGAUAAUGACCAAGUUUUUGGAGAACGGAUUAGACAAGCGAUUGCUGAAACACUUCAGGUGGAAGCAACAGAAUUGAACAGCGAGGAUAUAAGGCGCCUGGUGCUGCCUCGUGCGAGAGCCUCUUCCAGGGCUCAGCCCUCGGCCCCCGUCAACGAGCGGACCCGGUUGGCCAGGCAGGUCAAGGAAGUCCUGCCGAAUGUGCCCUUGCAGGAUAUUAUGAGGGAUCUUGCAAAAACCCGUAGUGUCGACGUGACGAUAACAAACUUCCUCGAAGGCCUAACGCCCUAUACCCCAGAGCCGGGGCCAGAACCCCAGCCUUCUACUUCCGCCCCCAGUCCGAAAUAUGUGACCCCGUGCCCCACGGGGGUCUUCCCUAAGACGGCCAAGGAAAGGCAAAUGAGCUUCCAAGAGAGAAAAGCGCAGAUGAUUGCGGAAGCGAGACAGAAAUACAUCGAAAAACAUCGUAUUGCUGUUAGCUGCUAAUCAAGGAUUUUUCGCUUUUUUUAUUUGGAUUUAUAGAUAUAUAGAUGAUUAUUGGUUAUAACUCUUUUCUUUUGUGAACAGCUCCAUCUUGGAGGUUGCUCCAAAAUUUACUUUUUUUUAAAUAUAAAUCUAUAUGUUGUCGACACAAUAAAUAGAUAAAGCUAUAUUUUAUUAUAUGUCAAUAAUGUAAUGUAUAAAGGUUAAAUCUUAUUAUUAAAGUUAAAUGGCGUUGAUCUCUUUCGUAAAAUAGUUAACGCGUUUUGAGGCUUUUUCUUUGGAAGAUUUAAACGAUGGUGCCUAAAUUUAUAAAUGGUAUUUUAUUUUUACGCAUGUAGACAUGCUUCCUUAAUAAUAAUGUAGUUUUGCCUAAAAUAGGCAAUUAUUUUGUGUAUUUAAUAAAAAUUAGCUCUCACUUCAAACUGAGAAGGGGCUGUCUCUAUCAUCCUUACUAUUUACGCUAUUGUUGUCUCUCUCACUCUCUAUACAUAUAGGAUAUUAGUUAGAGUAUUGGUGAUUUAAAUUGUGCUUAUGUAUGACGUAUUUAAUAAUAAAGGCGACGUUUGAAAAUUCAGGUAUGCAUAACUAUGUUUCUAUAUGUCAAAAACUUUUCAGUAAAAAAGAGAUUUUUUCGUGUUUGUAGAUUAAGUUUUAGCUGUAUCCUAGGAAUUUACAUUAAAUUUUACCUAUUGAAGAGAUUUACUAAUGAAAUACUGAUUCACAAAUCACGAUGGUUUUUACUUGUUAACUUUUAAAUUAAAUACGAGUUUUAAAAUAAGUUUUAGGUACAGUGUUAACCAUAGUGAAAUCUUCGAAAACAACGAUAAAUGUAAUUUUUUAAAAGGUUUUUUUUGAAUUUGUAUAUUCCCCUGGCAGAUGAUCAACUGCCGUGUUGCUUCCAAUUUAGUUCUUUGUAAUUAUUUUAGUUGUUAUUAUAAAUAAAAAGGUUUUGUUUCUAAA